GCAAACGGCAAGUCUUCGCAAUGCCAGGAUUCUUACGAACAAUGCCUGGGAGUCGGCCAGGUCUCGACCAGCGACGUCCACUGUGUCUCCGAGGUCGAGGCUUUGAUCCAGGCAGGGAACUCCACUCAGAACGACAUCCAGGCCCACAACGCUCAGUGCAAAGAUUUCUGCGCUAGAGGGUUUGAUGUGCUUUCUGGCAGUGGUGAUAGCUCAAAGAACGCAACCGCUCUGUCUUGGUACUCGAGCUGUCUUGGAGCCAAAGACCUCCCUACUCUGACCUCCAACUGCGUCUCCAACAGCGAAUCUUCUUACCUCAACGCCACUUCGGGAGACAACGUGCAAGACAUGGACCUUGCAGACUGCAAGACCCAAUGCUCAAUGCUUUAUUCUACAUGCUUAGCGAGCGGAGAUUCUAGCGUUGAGAGUGGAUGCCUUUCCUUCUACUCUGAAUGUACCUCGGGAAGUAACUCUACUACCUCUGAUCUUGACUGCGUCGCAGACGUCGAAAAGUGUUACCUCGACGGCAAAUCAGAUCAGGAGUGCGACUCGUCGAAUGCUCAAUCGGAGACCCCAGUGUCUCCUCUACUUGCUCUGCCCGUUACCAAUCAUGUCUCGGGAGUUCAAAAUUGCAGACAUCCGUCGUUGAUUGCGUCACUCGCACCGAGUCUUGCUACACUAGCGGAAAAUUCACUGACGCCGAGUGUGAUGCCCAAAAUGAUGGACACAUGUACCAGCGGUGGAAACUCUUCCAGCAUCCACGCUGCCUGCUCGACCCACUACCAGCAGUGUCUUGGAAGCUACGAAGUCUCUCCCGUUUCGACGAUUGAUUGUGUAAAGGAUGCCACGGACUGCUUUAUCGGAGGCGAUUCAUCGGCCAACUGCUCUGCAAAGACUGCCGUCUGCAAGUCCGAAUGUUCUCGCAUGAACGAUGUCUGCCUUUCUAGUGGAGACGCCUCGGCCGAACUCGGAUGCCAAAAGAGAUAUGAGAACUGCUUGGGUGCCUCGCCCGAAGCUGAGCAGGCUGCUCAAAACAUCAACUGCAUCAAGAGAUACACUGCAUGCUCGUCCUCAGGACUCUUUUCCGAUGCCGAAUGUAACAGCCAAGCGGCCCAAUGUGAGUGGUACCACGCAAAAACACAUGCUCGCAACUUUUGGAUAGCUGCGCCAGUUCUUCGCAAAAUGCUUCGACCUCCGCUCAGUGUCAAGGUAUGA